AUGGCGACAGCAACAAACAAAACAUUAUGUAUUAAAUGCAAAAAAUCAAAAACGACUAUGAAAUGUAGUGGAUGUUCUAAAGAUUUUUGUUUUGAUCACAUAGAUGAACAUCGUAAUGAAUUGAGUGAACAAUUGGGUACAAUUGAGGAUCAAUUUAAUGAUUUCAAAAUUGGAAUUGAUGAACAAAAAGCUGAUCGACAAAAACAUGAAUUAAUGAAACAAAUCAAUAGAUGGGAACGUAAAUCGAUCGAAAAAAUUCGACAAGUAGCCAAUGAAGUUCGUCAUGAACUUUCAUCGCGGAUAGUCAUAUUUACUACUGAUCUCGAUGUUAAAUUAAAACAAUUGACACAAAAGAUCAUUCAAUGUCGUAAAGAAAAUGAUUUUGCCGAUCAAGAAAUUCAAGAUUUCAAUGAAGAACUUGAACGAUUAAGAGACAUUCUCAACAAGCCACCAGAUUUCAAAAUUAAAUACGAUACAACAUCUUUCAUCAGUAAAAUUCAUCUUAACAUGAAAACACAACUAUCACGCAAUACAAAUUUGAAUGCCAAUGCAAAAUGGAUACAGAAUGGAAUCACUGUGGCUGGAGGAAAUGCAUAUGGUAGUGAAAUGAAUCAACUCUACAGUCCACGGGGCUUGUGUAUUGACGAUGAUCAAACUGUCUACGUUGCUGAAUGGACAAAUCAUCGUAUUGUGGAAUGGAAAUCUGGUGCAAUGACUGGUCGAGUUGUGGCUGGUGGAAAUGGACAAGGAAAUCGACCUGACCAGUUGAAUGGUCCGACCGAUAUGAUUAUUGAUAGAGAAAGAGAUAAUUUCAUCAUUUGCGAUCAUGGUAACAGAAGAGUAGUUCGAUGGCCUCGUCAAAAUGGUAAAAAUGGAGAAACAAUCAUCUCAAAUGUUGGAUGUUUCGGCUUGACUAUGUACGAUGAUGGAUUUCUAUAUGUUGCUGAUUACGAUAGACAUGAAGUGAGACGAUAUCCAAUGGGAGAAGAUCAAGGAAUAGUGGUUGCAGGUGGAAAUGGACAAGGAAAUCGCCUCGAUCAGUUGAAUAAUCCGACAUUCACAUUCGUCGAUCGAGAUCAUUCCUUGUAUGUAACAGAUUACAGUAACCAUCGUGUGAUGAAGUGGAUGGCAGGUGCAAAACAAGGUAUUAUUGUGGCUGGUGGUCAAGGUCAAGGAAAUAGUCUUACGCAGUUAUUAAAUCCUGGAGGAGUUAUCGUGGAUCAAUCAGGUGCUGUUUAUGUGGCUGACCAAUCAAAUCAUCGAGUAGUGCGUUGGGCUCCAGGAGCUACACAGGGAAGUGUUGUCGUUGGUGGAAAUGGUUCUGGGGAUCAAUUAAAUCAACUCUCUUUUCCCAUCGGUUUAUCAUUUGAUCAAGAGGGUAAUUUCUAUGUGAAUGAUAGAGAAAAUCACCGAGUGCAAAAGUUUAACAUUGAUCAAAGUUAA